AUGGAUCGCCCGAGCGAUAACCUGGACAUCUUGAUCAACCAAAGAGCCGAGUUCCAAUAUGGAAAAUUCGAGACAAGGCCCAUCCAUUGGGAACAGAUGCUUAAGGUUCCGAUCAAGUACAAAACGGUCAUCCCUGCACGGAUCGCCUCACUUCAUUGGGAGUUUCUUGAGCAAGACCUAAUUGAAGUCAAUGAAACCAUGGUGCGGGAAUUCUAUGCCAACUACCAAAACUGGGAAGUGGAGUCAAUAUUCCUUUGGGGAAAAAGGUUGGGCUCUUCCAACCGAGCUAUUGAAGCUAUUCAGAAGAUUCCCCAUAUUCCGCCUGAGAAUGAUGACUAUUCAAGGAUCAAGUUCAUAGUAGUCUUCAUAGACGACAUUCUCAUCUAUUCGAAGAUAGAAAGAGAGCAUGAAGAGCAUCUAAGGACGGUAUUGCAGAUACUAAGGACUCGAAAGUUAUAUGCUAAACUAUUAAAGUGCGAGUUCUGGACAGAGAAGGUGGCAUUUUUGGGACAUGUUAUAUCGCAGGGAGGAAUUGCGGUGGAUCCUUCAAAAAUUGAAGCAGUAGUGGCGUGGGAACCACCUACGACCGUUACAGAAGUUCGGAGUUUUCUCAGACUUCCUGGAUAUUACCGAAGGUUUAUUAAAGGAUUUUCACAGAUAGCCUUACCUCUGACUUACCUUACACGAAAGGAAGUUCCGUUCGUUUAG